GGAAAUGUGUGUGUUUAGGAAGUUACAGGAAAUGUUAAAUAGUAACUCAAGGGAUAAUGCUCACUUCUGUAGUGGACAUGGUGACUCAUGCAUUUGUUUCUAGGGAGUGAAGCCAGACACUACCAAAACACAGAUGACGCUUGAUAGACAACCACAUAUCAAUGAAUGUCUGCUGGUGACUGUGGAUUCAUGGUACCGCGUUGAGUAUUGAACACUAACCCGAGGAGAAAGUGAGGGAUCAACAAACCUUCAUCAUGCAACAGAAAAUAUUGGCAGGCCUGGAAAUGAAUUCAACUGACUGUCCUCCCAUUGAUGAAUACAUAAAAAGUUAUUAUCUGCCUGUGAUGUAUGGCAUCAUUUCUGUAGUUGGAUUUGUGGGAAACUUCCUGGCAGUCAUCAUUUACCUGGCAAAGCUCCGACCCUGGAAGAGCAGCAGCAUUAUAAUGGUGAACUUGGCAGUAGCUGAUCUGCUGUAUGCUUUGAGUUUACCUAUGCUGGUCCAAUUUUACAUUACCAAAAAUUGGACCUUGGGGGAGUUCAUGUGUCGUUUCAUUCGCUUCUGCUUCUACUACAACCUCUACGGCAGCAUCCUCUUCCUCACCUGCCUCAGCAUCUUCCGUUACGUCGCAGUGGUGCAUCCACUGAAGGCUGCUGAGAUCCGGAGGAAAAGAUGGGGCAUCUUGGCUUGUCUGACCGUCUGGACCGUUUCGCUCGUGGAGAUCGGCCCAAUGCUGGGGAUGAUUACUUUACUGCAAAAGGACAACAUGACGCAAUGCGUUGACUUCGCCAGUAAUGAUCCACUGGUGGUGUGGUGGUACGGCUGGAUACUCACCGUGUUUGGAUAUGUGUUGCCAUUGCUGGUGGUGUGCUGGAGCUACACUCACAUUGCAGGUGCUCUGAGGAGCAGCAUAUCCAGAAACAGGCCGAGUCGUUCUCGAGUUCGCAUGCUUUCCAUUUUGACUCUGGUGGUGUUUGUGGUGUGCUUCUUGCCAUUUCAUAUCAUGCGUGUACUGAGGGUGGAUAGCCUGCGCAGCGCUGGUGUGCCGUGCAUGCAGAAGACAGGCAUCCAUGCAGCCUACAUCUUGUCACGACCCCUGGCGGGCCUCAACACCUUCUUCAACCUAGCGCUUUAUACGCUGGCUGGAGAUAAGUUUCAACAGGCUUUCUGGAGCUUUGUACACAGGAGGGAACGUACGAGCAGCACCAUAUCUGUGAUCCACACACCAAACAAUUCGUCAAAGACAGACCUCUUGAGGAUCUAAUACAUUGUGUCAAUAUGUGU